UCCACUUGUGGCGCUCUGCCACUGAGAAAGGCUGAGAAGGGGAGUGGACUGAGGAAAAUUGCCGACGUUUGACUUUACCACACCUAGACUUCUGAGCUGACCGUUUUAUAGAUAGCCUAUCACGAUCACUCGAAGGAGAAAUUGGAUUUCACACGGCUGUUACGGCCCUUCAGUACCGGAGGCAGUGAAACUCUAAGAAGGCGAGGAGCCAUAAGAGAUCCUGUGAGAGGGAAGUGGAGCCAUUUUAAAGGUUUAGAGAAAGGGAAAAAACUGGACUCUGAGCCUUGGAGGAAAUUUCUAUUUUUGGGGACUUAUUGCUGCAUUCACCUCAUCAUUCCCCGUUAAGCGACACGCUUGUUCGCCACCACAUCCUCAGCUGCCUGCAGGGCAUCCAAAGGAGCUUUCGGUCACACUACCAAGCUCAGAGGCAGCACGUCAGGGAUGAGCGAGUUCUGGCACAAAAUUGGCUGCUGUGUGGUUGCUAAACCUCCACCGAGAAAGAAGCGGAAGAAAAUCGACCGGAGCAUGAUUGGCGUGCCCACAAACUUUGUUCACCUAACGCACAUUGGUUCUGGGGAGAUGGCGGAGGGACGCACCCCGUCAGGUCCAGUCCAGGAACAGAUGAGGUCCAAAGGACCCAGUGCCAACAGCCGGAGGAGCAUGUUAUAGCUGAGGCCUACCAGCAGCAAGUUUCGGAUGGAGAACUUGACAGAAGUUAAUAAGUGUGAUGGUGAGAUGAGGUUGAUCCAUUUGACCAAAAAGAAGGAUUCCCGUCUCAGAGGAGGAUGGACUAAGUUUUUUUCGCGCUUUAUGAAGAAAAGUAUUUGUCUUUCAUGACAGACUUUGGACUUCUACUGCAUUUGAGUGAACCAUGAUUUUGUGCCAAGCAUGCGUGCGUGUGAAUGCAUUUCUGUGCGUGAGCAAACAAGAGUUUUUUUUGCUGAAUAUUUUGACUACCAAGGCUAAUUCCCCUUCAGAAAGUGAACAUGUUCAUACGGAUCACCUGAAUGUACCAUUUACCGACUCAAAAUAAUAUUACACUAAAUAUGUAUAAUGAAUGAGGAUGUACCUUUAUUUUGAUACAGUACCUACCUAAAAGUCUGUUUGUGUCUGUGUGUGUUUAAAAGUGCAAAAUUAUAAAUUACCUUACUUGCACAAUGUCUGUCAGUCAGGCAUUUCAUUUUAUUUUUAUUGAAUUUCUGUGUAAAUAGCUAUACUGAGUCUUGUUAUUCUAAUUGAGCCAUUUGGCUUCAAACUGCGAUCCACUUGGAAACAUAGCUGGGAGCUGUGAUACACAAUUCACCCACCACAUACCUCAGCAAACCCAAGCUAGUAACAGUGAGUAACAGGACUUGUUGUUGAAAUUCAAAACCCACCCUGAUUUUGACGGGGCUCUCCAGUGAUCUCUCCGGGAAUUACUCAGGAAUGCCACUUAUUAAAUCAACUGUAUCAGAAGAACAUUCCAUUAGUUUCUUUGUGUGUUCUUGCCCGGGUUGGUGAGGGCUGGAUGUGCAACCCGUUGGUCAGAAUGGAAAAUGGCAACUAUUUCACUGAGCGUUCUCCUCACCAUUUCUAUAUGGUCGCCCACUUGAGCUGACUGGCUGUGCCCAAUAUGGCAGGACUACAGUACUAAUACAAACACACUGGUUUUCAUACAAUUUAAUCGUACAGUACAAUUCAAGUGUGUUUCCUGUACGACCACUGUAUCUACGUGCUGCUUCAUAUGUGUUGAGAAUAAAUUAUCUACAACUGUUGUUGACCCCUGUCAGAGGAAAAACUGUA